CUUAGCGGUCAGCUAUCAAAACAUAUGAGCUCAGGCGCCUGAGAACAUGGUUAGGAAACGUUUCAGCAUAGUGCACGUUCUGACAACCACGAUGGUUAUCGUUGCAGUUGUGCUUGACCGCGCAAGUUCCGGCGAGAGGAAGCAAACAACCGGCACUGCCACAUAUGGCUACCCUCACUGGCAGCAAGGGAUCGCCGGCGAGUGGUGGCGACCUUGGCCGAUUCCGGAUGCGAUGCGCGUGAUGCUCGCCUGUUCGGGCAUCGAAUUCGUGCCUCGCCAAGCUUGGGGCGCCCGGCCGCCCAAGGCUUGGGAGAGACUCAAGGUGCAACCGGUGCCACGGUUCUUCGUGCACCACACGACGGAAACGGAGUGCUUCGACUUCUGGAGCUGUUCGCAGAGAAUGCGCUACUGGCAGAACUUUCACAUGGACACUAGAGACUGGUACGACCUCGGCUACAGCUUCCUCAUCGGUGGAGACGGAAGGGUGUACGUGGCACGAGGCUGGGACGCUACUGGCGCUCACACGAAGGGACACAACGAAGACGCGCUUUCCGCGUCCUUCAUCGGCGACUUCUCGCGACACCUGCCCACACCGAGGGCCAUAUGGGCGCUGCACAGGCUGCUGCAAUGCGGCGUUGCCCUGGGAAAGAUCCGUGCCGACUACACGUUGCACGGUCACAGAGACGCCGCCUGCCGGGUCAGUCCAGGGGACGCCCUGUACGCUCUCCUCCGCCAUUGGAAACACUACGGCGGGAGACUGCAGAAGUACGUUUGCGAGAUGAAGCACAAGGCUUACGAGAAAGAUGUACCGACCCGUUAA